GUUUAUUGCAUUGUUGUGUUUUGUUAUUAUCAAAGGGACAAAGCAUUGUACUAGCUAAAACAACCGUGGAAUCCCACAGAAUGAUUAAACAUAUUUUUAAUUUUAUUUUCAGUUAAUUAUUUAUUUCCUAUUUAAAAGAGUGACGUUUUAAAUUUUUGUUUAUAUAUAAAUUUUUGACAAUUUAAGAUUUUUAGAAAUGAAAAUAUAAAAAACAGUACAGAAAUGGGCCCACGAUACGAAAAUUCAAAACGGCCCGCUCCUCCUCUGGAGAAGGCUUUUAUCCGCGCAACGAAAAAGAGAUUUGAAUUUCCAGAAAAUGCUCACGGAGAAAGCCAACUUGUUUGUCGUCGUCACUCUUUGUCUUCUCGAAUCGCGCUAUUCAAUAGUAACGCUUCUUGCCUAAAGUCGGCGUUAACUAACUCCAUCAUAAAACUUGGGUUUUUCCGUUUCGGUUUCGAUUUCGAUUUCUAGAGAAUCUCUCUCUGUUUAUGGUAAACUUCAGAGGUUUGUGGCUUUCAAUUAGAUUUUGUAUUUCGAAUGUUCGCAAUCUUAACACUUUCUUCAGUUUCUCUGCCCCCAGGUUCGGUUCUCAGCUUCAACAAAAUGAUAUAAUUCGAUUUUGGAGGGUUAUUAAAACAGCAAGUCGAUGUUUACGGAUCUGUCAUAAGCUCUCUGACAAGUUCUUAGAUUCUAUUUUUAACCCAUCAGUCAGUCAAACCGUUGAAUGAUUCUCACCGACCAAACCAAAGUGGUUUUAAUUUUUGAUUCAAGCUUGCCUUGUUUGAUAUACACCAAAUGAAGAAGCUUUUCUUUUUCAAAUCGUCAUCUGGUAAUAAUGCCACUGAUAAACAUAUCCUCGGGGAAAAAGAAUCAGAGACUAGUCCAAAGAGUGGUGGUGGUGGUGGCCACGCUCUUAGACGAAGCCGUUCACUUUCUUCCGCUGCUUUUCUCCUUGAUGGAACCUCCUCAACUGGUACUAGAAGCAGUCGACAACAAACUCAUUCAUCUCGUUUCAGGUGUUUUACACCGGAAAGCCAAGGAGAACAUGGUCGCAUGUACAAUGAUUCAUCUCCAAGUUUGUCAUCGACUUGUUCUAGUAAUGUCUUGGACCGUUUCAUUGAUGGAGAAGAUCAUCAUAGUAAGCCAAAGAGUGGGUCUUCUUCACACAGUAAUCAUCAUCACUCAGGGAGUGCCAAAGGAAGGAGGCUCCCACCUCGAGUUCAUACCCCUUCACCACUAUCAGAUCAUGUCCAAGAAAGUUGUAUGAAAGAUGCAUCAGCUCGUUCACUUUCCAGAAGCGUUGUUGAAAGACUCUCUCAUAAUACUCACGGAGAGUCAAAGGCGUUGAGUUAUGACUCAAAAGAACCGAUGAAUGGAUAUUACAGGAAUGAUCACCGCGGAGAGGAGCAAGAGUCGUUCUUGGACGAUGAGAACAUGCAUGUGGGCACUAAUCAUGCUUAUAAAGAAGGCGAGCUAGAGAAGAAGUAUAAAGAAGCUGAGAAGAGAGUGAAGCUGCUUUCUCAAGAUCUGAAAGAGCACAAGUUUCUUUCAGACUGUGACUUUGACGUAUCAUCUUUGGUUGAUGAUGAGAAGAUAGGUUUGGCUUUAGAAGUCUUAACUCUCCUACGGUCACAAAUGGACGAGAGAGCUUCCGCCAAGGAAGAAAUCAAACGAGCAAAGACUGAUUCAGAUUCCCAUAUCAAUAGACUGGAGAAAGAGAAGAGCCAGUUACAGUUUGAACUGGAGAAAGAACUUGAUAGAAGGUCAAUGGAGUGGACUACAAAGCUCGAGAGUUUCCAGAUGGAGGAGAAGAGGCUGAGAGAGCGUGUCAGAGAGCUCGCAGAGCAUAACGUCUCGCUCCAGAGAGAAGUAUCAACAUUCCAUGAAAAGGAAACCGAGCGGAUUGAUAUGAUAAGAAACAUGGAGGAGAGAGUUAAUGAGUUGAGUGAAACAGAAGAGGAAACGCGUCGAGAAAACGUGUAUCUGAAGCAAAACCUCUCCAAGUUACAAGAGAGUUACUCUGGUGCGACAGAAGAGCUUGAUUAUGUAAGAAGAAGCUUUGAAGAGAAGGAGAUGGAAUGCAAGGAUUUACACAAAUCUGUUUCGAGGUUGGUAAGAGCCUGUGGGGAACAAGAGAAGACUAUUGAAGGACUUAGAGAUAGUCUCUCCGAGGAAACUAAGAAGCAACCGUCAGAGAUGGUGAAGAGAUUGCAGAUGGAGCAGAUGAGGUUGACAAGAGUUGAGUUCUCACUCAGAAAGGAGGUGGAAUCAACGAAGAUCGAAGCUGAUUCGCUACGUGCUGAGAAUGUUUGUUUGCGGAGCUAUGACACUAUGACAACUUUCAAGCUAGACAAUGAGAUGAAGAUGCGUGUAGGACUCUUGCAAGACCAAGGGGUUAUGAUGUUAAGUGAGACCACCCAGCUGUGUUACAAGCUGCUCAAGUUCAUCAGAGAGAGAUUAUCUGAAGACAUGCAUAAUGGAUUGAGUGAGCAGUUUCUGAUUGAAUCUGAGAUGAAUGUCCAUGGAAUACGGCGUGGAACUGAAAGCCUCAAGAGGAGUUUGCAGACAGUCAACAGUUUGUUGCUCGAGAAAGCCAAUGAGAUUGCAUCAAACUCAGAAUCAUCGAGGUCUACUGAGCCAAACAACCAAUCAGUAGAGAAACUCCUGAGAGCUGAACUGAAAGCGGAGACUCUAGUGACUAGUUUGUUAAGAGAGAAACUGUAUUCCAAGGAACAAGAGAUCGAACAGCUGCAAGCAGAAGUAGCAGCAGGUGUACGAGGUAACGAAGUUCUCCAACGUGAAAUCCAGAAUGUCUUAGACAGCCUAUCAAUAAACACACACCAAUUAAAAGACCUCAAGAUUCAGAUGGUGAAGAAAGAAGAGAACGUGAAGCGGCUUGAAACCAAUCUCCAAGAAGUUGCUAAACAAUUGUCUAGCAUGAAAGUUACAUUACCAAAAGUGUUGGAGGAAAGAGAAAAGAUGUGUAAGGAAGUGAAUGACUGCAGAAAGAGAAACAUGGAUUUGGAGUCAGAGAAGGAAAUGUUGAAGGAGGAGGUGGAGAGAUUAGAGGAGGACACACUCCUCAAGGAAGGUCAGAUCACGAUACUAAAAGACACGCUUGGAAGCAAGCAUUUUGAUCUCCUCUCAAGUCCUGACUUCUCAUAUAACGAGUUCUUAGUCCAAUAAGACAAGAUAAUAGAUGUAUAGGCUUAUGUUCUUUCUUUCUUUAGGUAUAGAUUUGAUAUAUAUGCUUUGUCAAACUUUUUGAUAGCUAAUAAGAUUCACUCUUUGUGAAUGAACAUAAGGAACACAGAUGCAUUAAUCUAAAAGUUUACUGGAAC